AUGGCUUUCAAGCGCAAGUCGACAGCGCUGGGGUUGGAGAGGAGGGUGCGUCCGAGAAGGGAGGAUCAGUGGGAGGAGGAUCCGGAGAGUCAGAGUUCUUCGAGUGAGGAUGAUGAUGAGGUUGAGGAGGAGGGUAUUCGAGGUCAACACGACGAGGAUGAAGAUGAUGAAGGCUCAGACUCGGAAGAAGGUUCAGAAGAUGAAUCUGAGCCCGAAGAACAAACCCCCAAAGUCGACCUCUCCUCAAUCUCCUUCGGCGCCCUCGCAAAAGCUCAAGCAUCCCUCCCAUCCUCCUCCCGUCGCUCAAAAUCCUCCAAGCAAACGACCGAAACCUCACGCACAGAAACAACCCCCGCACCUCGAAAAUCUACCAGAUCAAAGGACGACCCCAAGCCAAAGCGCUCCUCUAAGCACGCGCCCCAGGAGCAGUCCUCCAAGAAGCCUGUCUCGCGCCGUCGCGAGAUUAUUCCCGAUACGAGGCGGCAGUACCGCGAUCCGCGAUUUGAUCCCCUUGUAGGAAAGGUGGAUGAGGAAAAGGCCAGCAGGGCGUAUGCAUUCCUGGACGAGUACCGCGAAAAGGAAAUGUCCGAUCUCCGCGCACAGAUCAAAAAGACCAAGGACACCCACGCAAAAGAAGAUCUAAAGCGACAGCUCCAAGCGAUGGAGUCACGGAAAAAGGCCCGCAAGCGCAAGGAGGAGGAGGAAAACCUGCUAAAGGAGCACAGGAAGAAGGAGAAGGAACUCGUGGCGCAGGGAAAGACGCCCUUCUACCUCAAGAGGAGCGAGCAGAAGAAGCAGCUCCUGGUGAAGCGGUACGAGGGCAUGAGCAAGGGGCAGGUCGACAGGGCUAUCGAGAGGAAGAGGAAGAAGGUUGCGGGCAAGGAGAAGAAGGAGCUGGAUUGGCUUCAGGGGGCGAGGGAGCGUGGUUAA